AUGACAGAGGUACAGUCGCUGGAACAGCGAUUCGAAAGCAUCACAGUCCAAGACGAGAAUUACGACAGCAAUGCGCCGGCACCACAGCACAAGGCAAAGGGCUCGCUAAGCACCGCCAUCUCCCUCACCAACCUAGGAGCCUCCACCUCGCAAACGCGCCUCAAACUCCCCCUCCAAAAACUCCCGCCCAACGCAGCCAGCAUCAAGCUCGCCCAAUCCUCAACCACAACCUCCAACACCACCAUAACCAAAAUCACCCUCCCCUCUCAAGCCGCCCAACAACAACAACAACAACAACAACCACAACAACAACAACAACAACGCACACCCGCCGACUCCCGCCCCUCGGACGCCGACCCCCUCGCCUCCGCCAUGCCUCCCCACCUCCCAGCCCCCAAACCAAAACAAUUCCACCUCGGCAUGUUCGAAAUCGGCAAACCGCUCGGCAAAGGGAAAUUCGGCCGGGUCUACCUCGCGCGCGAACGCAGCACGGGCUUCGUCUGCGCCCUCAAAGUCCUCCACAAGACCGAACUGCAGCAAGGAAAAGUGGAAAAGCAAGUCCGACGGGAGAUAGAAAUCCAAUCCAAUCUCGCGCACCCCAACAUCCUACGCCUCUACGGCCACUUCCACGACAGCAAACGCAUCUUCCUCAUCCUCGAGUUCGCGGGAAAAGGGGAAUUGUACAAACAUCUGCGCAAAGCGGGCAAGUUCCCCGAAUGGCAGGCCGCGCAGUAUAUCGCCCAGAUGGCCUCGGCGCUGAAGUAUCUGCAUAAGAAACACGUGAUGCAUCGGGAUAUCAAGCCCGAGAACAUCCUCGUCGGUCUGCACGGGGAGAUCAAGAUUUCGGAUUUCGGGUGGAGUGUGCAUGCGCCGAAUAAUCGGAGGAAUACCAUGUGCGGGACCUUGGACUACUUGCCUCCGGAGAUGAUCAAGCCCGGUAGGGAGGAGAAUUGGUAUACGGAGGCUGUGGAUCUGUGGUCGCUUGGGGUACUGACGUAUGAGUUUUUGGUCGGGGAGGCGCCGUUUGAGGAUACGCCGGUUAUGACACAACGCCGGAUUGCGAGGGGGGAGAUGACGAUCCCCGGGUUCGUGUCGGCGGAGGCGAGGGAUUUGAUCCGGAGGUUGUUGGUAUUGGAUCCGGCGGGGAGGAUUCCGUUGGAGGAGGUGGAGAGGCAUCCGUGGAUUUUGAAGCAUUGUGUCAAAGGGGAGAGGGCGUAUAAUCGGAGUAGUGGGGAGGGAGGGCAGGGGAAGAGGGAGAAGGUGUGA